UUCAGAGAGCCGGAUCGAACGUUCAGUAACAAUAUUCUUUGAUACGUGUCGGCGGCGAGUGUUGCAAAAAGCCGCUGCGUUCCUUCCGCUCUUUAUGUCCCUUUAUUAACCCACAAACCGCGGCAGAGAUGUCCACCCCAGCUCGGAGGCGUCUAAUGAGGGACUUUAAACGGUUGCAAGAGGAUCCUCCAGCCGGUGUGAGUGGAGCGCCCUCGGAAAACAACAUCAUGGUGUGGAAUGCAGUGAUAUUUGGGCCAGAGGGAACCCCUUUUGAAGAUGGUACUUUUAAGCUCACGAUAGAAUUCACAGAAGAAUAUCCAAACAAGCCUCCCACAGUUAGAUUUGUUUCAAAAAUGUUUCACCCAAAUGUCUAUGCAGAUGGCAGUAUAUGUUUGGAUAUACUGCAGAAUCGCUGGAGUCCAACAUAUGACGUGUCUUCAAUCUUAACAUCUAUACAGUCUUUACUGGAUGAGCCAAAUCCGAAUAGUCCAGCGAACAGUCAGGCUGCACAGCUGUACCAGGAGAACAAACGGGAAUAUGAAAAGCGGGUAUCUGCAAUAGUGGAACAGAGUUGGCGGGACUGUUGACCCUGUCUAGUGCCUACGAACACUGUCAGGCCAUGAGAAUCAUGAAGCAUUUGAGUCCUUCUCGUUCUAGCAUCAUCGCAUUAUUUUGCAAGCUAAACUGCUACAAUGCUGCCACCCGUCUGAAGCCUUUUUCCCUGGACGUUGAGUCAAAACACAUGUUGAAGUGCAUGCACUGUACCUGGGGCACUUGCCAAGGAAUUUUUAAUUUGACUUUCAUCUAUGGUCAUCCACCUUUCGUGAUGGUCUUUCAUAGUCUGUCUGGGCAGUAUCAGGCACAUUAAAAAAAGAAUAAAGGUGCGCUGUAACAGAUACAGUGUCAUUUGCUUUGCAUAUUUUGUGCAGCUUCUGUGUAUAGCCCAGUGAAUGGAUUUUUCAAGGUUGGAAGAACAUUGAUCUGCCCCAACCAAAAUCCACCAUAACAGUGAAGUCUUAAAUAUAAAUUACCAGUGGGUCAAUGUCACUUCUGUUUAUGUAACAGAUGUGUGCCUCUUCUCUGAAGCCAGCACUCUAGUUCUUGGCCAGAAGAACUUUUACUAGAAGGUGCUAGUCUAUAUAUUUAAAAAAAAAAAGCAAUUUUUGAACUUUUUUGAUAAAAUGUCCGGGGUACUGGAGCUUAGCAGGGUGGUCACUCUUGUGACUGUGUUUCUAGUUCUCUGUAGCUCUGUGAGUGUAGGUGUGUGCGUGUGUGUGAGAGAGCUGUUGCUGCAUGCUUUUGUUUUAAUUUCCUCUAAUUAAAUGAAGUGCUUUUCACUUUGUCGAGAAUUACAGCCAUCAAUAAUCCCAUUAGUUACGUUAGACCAAACUCGUAUAUUCAGAUACCUAAUGCAGUGAUGUGGGAUAUGGGAAGAGACCUGUACCUUGUAUUGUCUGAUGUUCUAAAGUACUUUUUUUUUCUGCACAUUAGUCUUUUGAAGUGACAGUAUAACUUUGCACUAUAGUAACCCAUGUAAGAAACUGUACAUUUUCUCACUACUUGUAAAUAAAACUGCAACCUCGA